CUGACAAGCCACGGCGGGGCGGGAGCUCAAGCUCUAGUGGGUCGGUCAGUCGUCACCAGCGCAGGCACAGCGCCGGGCUCACCAACCAACACCAGACACCAGACAGACACGACGCCAGGGCACAGCAAAUCGGCACGCCGGAACAAGAUGCGACCAUGGCGCUGACGUGGAGGUCGUUUGACUUCUUCGACGCAACGCAGAUCAAAAUCGCAGACGACGACACGCGCGCCUUCUUCGAGAGCAACGACAUUUCCAGCAUUUGCUCGGGCUCCGACAGCCUGUUCCUCGGCAGCUACGAUGGCCACGUGCGCAUCGUCGGCGCCAGCUGGAAGGUCGUCCGCACCUUUCAGGCCUACGAGACGGGCCCCAUCACCCACAUGCGCCAGGUCGACGGCACAAGCCUGCUGGUCACCAUCGCAGAAGAGCUGAGCACCGGUGACUCGAGCAACGCGCCCGUCCUCAAGGUGUGGGCGCUGGACAAGCCCGUCAAGAAGACGGGCAUCCCCACCUGCCUCAGCACCGUCACCAUCAACAAUGGCAAGAAGCCCUUUCCGAUAUCGGCCUUAACUAUGACCGAGGACCUGACGCAGCUGGCGGUCGGGUUCGCCAACGGCGCCGUCACCGCCAUCCGCGGCGACCUGAUCCACGACCUCGGCACCAAGCAGCGCAUCAUCUACGAGUCGGACGAGCCCGUCACGGGCGUCGAGCUGCAUGUCGACGCGGCCCUUACGACCCUGUUCAUCGCGACCACGUCCCGCAUCCUCAAGCUGGUCAUCUCCGGCAAGGGCCACGGCCUGCCCCCGCGCACCGUCGAAGACAUUGGCUGCGGUGUCGGGUGCAUGGCGGUCGACAGGGCGACGGGCGAGAUCGUGGUCGGCCGCGACGACGCCAUCUACACGUACACACUCGACGGCCGCGGUCCGCCCAUCGCAUACGAGGCGCAGAAGAAGCUGAUCGCCGUCUACCAGGACUACAUUGCGCUGGUCUCGCCGCCCACGCCGUCGGCCGAAUCCGACACCCGGCGGCGGUUCUGGGGCGCUGCCGCCGACAGCAUCUUCACCUUUACGCUGAUACACCCAGACCUCAGGAUCGUCGCCCACAGCGAGACUGUGCUGGCCGACGUGAAGCACGUCUUCCAGCUCUGGGGCGAUCUCUACACCCUGACGCAGGAUGGCAAGGUGUUCCGCUACCACGAGAAGCCGCUGGCGCAGCGUCUCGAGAUGCUUUACCAGCGCAACCUCUACACGCUGGCCGUCGAGCUGGCCCAGAAGUCCGGCAUGGACGGCCCACAGCAGAGCAUUAUCUUUCGCAAGUACGGCGACUACCUUUACCAAAAGGGCGCGUAUGACGAAGCCAUGACCCAGUACAUCAAGGCCAUCGACAGCACAGAGCCGUCGCAGGUGAUCAGGAAGUUCCUGGACACGCAGCGGAUACACAACCUCAUCGAGUACCUCGAGCAGCUGCACGACCGCCACAAGGCGACGUCGGACCACACGACGCUGCUGCUCAACUGCUACGCCAAGCUCAAGGACAUUGACAAGCUAGAAAAGUUCAUCAAGUCUCCGGGGGACCUCAAGUUCGACCUGGACACGGCCAUCUCCAUGUGCCGCCAGGGCGGCUACUACGAGCAGGCGGCGUACCUCGCCAAGAAGCACGGCGAAAACGACCUAGUUGUCGACAUUCUGAUAGAGGACUCCAAGGCGUACGACGAGGCGCUCGACUUUAUCUGCCACUUGGAUCCCAAGACUGCCUACCCGUGUCUGAUGAAGUACGCCCGCGUGCUCAUCGAGCACUGCCCCAAGAGCGCCACGAAGGUGUUCAUCGACUACUACACGGGCAACUACCGUGCCAGGGUCGACAUCCCGUCCCCCGUCGACCCCAACCCCCCCGUGGUCAACGGCGGGUUUGCGGCCGGCGCUGCAAAUGCGGUCCAGAACCUCAGCAAUCUGCUGCCGCUGCCGUACAUGAACACGUCGGCGAUAGCGCCGGUCGCGCCACAGAGCGCCAAGCUGACAGCUGUCGGCGAGGCCCCCUUUGUCCUCAAGCCAGAGGAUGUGCCGGUGCCCAGCUACACGCCGCCCCGCCCGCGCACGGCAUUCUCGUCGUUCAUCGACCACCCCGACGAGUUCAUCGUCUUUCUAGAAGCCCUCGCGAAGGAAGACACGCUUCCAGAGGCUGACAAGACCGACGUAUACACGACCCUCUUCGAGAUGUACCUGCACAAGUCUAACGAGAAGAAGGGGGCGCAGCACCGUGAGGAGUGGGAGCAGAAGGCAAAGGCGCUCAUCGAAGGCACGGGCCACGAGAAGCGGCCGAUCGAGAACUCCAACGUGCUGCUGCUGUCGCACCUGUCCGACUUCCGCGACGGCACGACGCUCGUCAAGGAGCAGUCGGGGCUGCUGUUCGACAUCUUCCGGUCGUACACAUCGGCCAAGGACACGCGCGGGGCCAUCAAGGCGCUGCGCAAGUACGGGCCCGAGGCGCCGCAGCUGUACCCGGCGGCGCUGUCGUACCUGACGUCGGACGCGCGCGUGCUGGACGAGGCGGGGCCCGACGAGCUUGCGGGCAUCCUCGACCGCAUCGACCGCGACGGGCUGAUGGCGCCGCUGCAGGUGGUGCAGGCGCUGAGCCAGAACGCCGUGGCCACCAUGGGCAUGAUUAAGCCGUACCUGGCGAGGCGCAUCGAGCGCGAGCGGCGCGACAUUGCCGAGAACCGGCGCGACGUGGCGGCCUUCCGCGCCGAAACGGACCAGCGCCGCGCCGAGAUCGCCGACCUCGGCAGCAAGCCGGCCGUGUUCCAGGCCACGCGCUGCCACCAGUGCGCGCUGCCGCUCGAGCUGCCCGCCGUGCACUUUCUGUGCAAGCACUCAUUCCACCAGCGCUGCCUGCGCGGCGGCACCGGCGUUGACGGUGAGUGCCCGCUCUGUGAUAGGGACAAUGCGACGAUCCGCGCACUCAAGAAGAGCCAGGACGAGAACGCCGAGCGCCACGAGCUGUUCCGUGACGAUCUCGACCGCAGCGAAGACAAGUUUAGGACCGUCGCCGAGUGGUUUGGCCGGGGUGUCAUGACGGCGCAGAGUCUGGAGUAGCUGCCGUGGGGGUGUGCGUUUGCAAGUCAUAUUUAUAUAGCGUGGUGAAUGAAAAGUGAAUGGAGAGAUGAUUCAGCCUGUGCAUGCGUUUCCUGGUCGUGUUUGUCGUGUUUUCAAGGACUGCUGGGAACAUUCCAUCUCACGCCACAUCGUAUCGAAAGUGGCAGAAACACAGCAAAGGCAACUGCAACAAGGGAAACACUACACCUAAAUCAAACUCUUGAGAAAU